AUGUCGGAAGUAAACCCAGAUACGACAGCAGUACCCGUCACAAAUCCGGUAAAGACCCACGUCAAGGAUCCCAGAAGGGUGGAGGCAGGACGUAGGCUUGCUAAGAUAAGUAAGGAAGCGAAAGCAAGGAAGAAAGCACAGCUCGAAACUAUCAAGGAAGAGGAGCAAAGCAUUACGAACACAGAGGACAGAGGCGAUGGGUCAAUAGUCACCCUAGAUAUGGUAGGUCUGGUAGUAGGUAUCGCCGUAGGACUCGGAUCCCUCUAUGUUAUGUGGUGUAGUCGUCAGGAAAAGGACGAGAAGCCCGAGGAAGAUAAGAUUGUAGAGAAGUCGGAACCUGUUGUUAUCACACCAAAGGUUCCUGACUUGUUUGACUAA